AACGCGAACAGCUAUAGACCCAAUGUUCUUGUUUCCUCCUGAUGCGAUCUAGUCCCAAUGGGCUAGUCUCGACGAGAGUUUAUAUGUCCACUGAAAAUCCGAAACCCUAGAACCUUCAUUUCCCUAAUACGAGAAACUGAGCCUCAUCCCACUACGCCAGCCCCUUUUGGCGGUGGAUCUGCAUCGAUCCGCGGAAUAGCAUCUCCUGGGCGGAUUUUCUUUGGUCCCUGUGCCGCGCACCUUGAAAAGUCUUCUGCUAGAUUUAGAGGGCUCGGAUUGAGACAGGUAUUAGCGAUGAUAAUCUGGAGUCUAAACACGAGCAGUAGUCCCUAGAAUCGUGUUGAUCACCACUCGUUAGAGACCCAUAGUGCGAGAGAGAUACUACUUCUGGAAAAGCCACAUGAGGGCUGAAAUUGCACAGCAGCGCUUUUAAAAUUCAUUCACUCCUUUCAUAUAUUCCAGUUGAUUGAACAUACAUUAUUCUUUGCUCAAAGCAAGAUACUGUUCAUAAUAUAUUUUCCUUUUUUUCAACGCUCCUUGCACCCUAGAAACAAUGCAUUUCAAGACUCUUCCCUUCCUUUUCCUGGCUGCCACGGCCCUGGCUGCUCCUGAAGCCCAGCCAGCGGACUCGGACAGCUACCAGUCCUACAUUGACCAGCUUGACAGCCUUGCUACCCAAACUGAUAUUCCCACCGACUUCAGCAUGCCCACCAACAUGCCCUCAUUCAAGGCGCCUCCCCCCUCCAUCAUGUCGGUGAUCAUGACCGCCGUCCCCGCGUCUUACCUUGAGGGUCUCUCCAACCCUUCUUCUCGCUCUUCCAUGUUCAGUGAGAUCAGUGCCGGCCACUAUCCCGACUGGUACAAGAGCCUCCCUGGUGAUGUCAAGACCUACAUCUCGACCGCGUACCAGACCGAUGCGAAGGCCACUGGUGCGCAGAAGACUGGUGACUCCACUGUCACUAGCGGACCCAAGGCGACUGCUACCGGUGGUUCUGACUCUGCCUCCAAAACCUCUACCUCGGAGGCUGGUGCUGCUCCUACCGGUGCUAUUGCGGCUGGCUUGGCCGGUGCUGCUGGUAUCCUUGGUCUUGCUAUUGCGCUGUGAGAUGCUUUGUAUCUGUUCUUACCAGCCUCGCCCCAUAAAAGGGAGAUAAUUCUUUAUGAUCAAUAUAUUGUGACAUAUAUCUCAUCCAUAGUCAUAUAUUAAUGCACUCUUACGUCGGAUUGGCAUGACCUUCAUUCUUUAGAGAUAUCAUUAUUCUUCCUGAUACCUCAUGUAGUUCGACCGGCAGAGGGCGACGUCAUGUUAGGGCUCUGACUAAACGUGACCGAGCUUAAUAGUUGCGAUCAUCCCUAAAUUUCGGCAUAUUCAAGCAAUGUCUCCGACAACGUACUGAGCUUGGUAAGCGCGAAUAAUCCAGAAGCUUUCGGAUCCGACAGAGUUAUGUCUGAUCAAAGGUUGCUGUUGAAUAAUAGUGUGUGCCUAGUUGACAGUUGUUCAAUGAUGCAAAGAUCCUUGGAUUCGGACAUAUCUCCGAAGCCGGUCGAAUUGUCCGAGUCUGGUUAAGUCCGACCAAAACGUGCCUUCGAAGCUUGACAGGGAUACGUCGACUAAGAGGCCGCGAACUACUGUGUGCCUAAUGAUCGCAUCUCGGUGUAUUGAAUAAUAAGUCCGAGUCCGACGGCAAACCGACAUUCAUAGGCUAUAGACUGACUCGGUGGUCUGCAGCCAGAGAAC